AUGUCUACCUCAGCUCAACAUAGUCAACCCCAACAACAACAACAACAACAACAACAACAAAAAAGCUGUAAUUGUGAUUUGCUACUAUGGAGGAACCCUGUUCAAACCGGUAAAUAUUUCGGUGGGUCCCUGUUAGCCUUGUUAAUUUUGAAAAAAGUUAACUUGAUCACUUUCUUUUUGAAGGUCGCUUACACUAUCUUAUUCACAACAGGAUCUAUUGAAUUUGUAUCUAAACUCUUUUUGGGACAAGGUUUAAUCACCAAGUAUGGCACUAAGGAUUGCCCAAACACCGUCGGCUUUAUUAAGCCUCGCAUCGAUGAGGCUUUGAAGCAAUUACCAGUUUUUCAAGCUCACAUAAGAAAAACUGUAUUCGCUCAAGUCCCUAAGCACACUUUCAAGACUGCUGUCGCCUUGUUCCUUCUACACAAGUUCUUCUCCUGGUUCUCCAUCUGGACUAUUGUCUUUGUCGGUGAUAUUUUUACUUUCACUUUGCCAGUUAUCUACCACUCCUACAAGCACGAAAUUGAUGCUACUGUCGCUCAAGGUGUAGAAAUUUCUAAGCAAAAGACUCAAGAGUUCUCUCAAUUGGCUUGUGAGAAGUCAAAACCAUACUUGGACAAGGUUGAAUCAAAAUUGGGCCCAAUUUCCAACUUGGUCAAAUCUAAGACUGCUCCUGUGUCCUCUACUGCUGGUUCUCAAACUGCCAGCACUACUAAGUUGGCCGCCAAUGUUCCAUUAGAACCAGAAUCUAAAGCUUACACAUCUUCCGCUCAAGUUAUGCCAGAAGUUCCACAACACGAGCCUUCCGCUACUCAAGAAUUCAACGUCGACGAAUUGUCUAAUGAAUUAAAGAAAAGUACAAAAAACUUGCAAGAUGAAUUGGAAAAAAACAACGCCUGA